CUAGGAAGGUUCAUUUUGCAAACGUGAAUCUUGGAGUUUUGGGGAUGACAGUUGAGUGUGUUCGGAGGUCUGAAUCAGGUCAGGGGUUUCGUGAUAGUGGGAGCAUGGGACGUGUUCCGAGUACAGUUCUGAAACGUCGUUGGGUUUUGAGGACCAAGAAUCCAAACGUUAAAAUCUCUCCUGGGAAUAGUUUGCUGGAUUUGGAGAGUGGUAAUGGUCCUCGGUGUAUCUCUGGAUCCGAUGGAUUGUGCAAGCCGGUUGAGACAGAGGCUGUGGCGGAUACAGUCACGACUGGGUUGGAGCUCGAUGGAGCUUCAACUUUCCUUUCAGAGUCAAAUAUGUUAUAUGUAGACUCCACUGUUGGAACUGGUUUUUCAUUCUCUAAUACAAGUUCAGACUAUACCAAAUGGGAUUAUACCAUGACAGUGAAUGAAAACAUGAAAUUUCUCCUCAAGUGGUUUGAGGAAUUCCCAAAAUAUAGAAACUUACAUUUCUACUUGGCUGGAGAUGAUUCCGAAGGUCACUUAAUACCACAACUUGCGGCACUUGUGCUUGAAUACAACAAAAACAAUGUCACACCAAUCAAGUUGAAAGGCAUUGCUCUUGGGAACCUUGGUAUAGGUACUCCAGGCAUAGAUGAGGGUGAUAUCUUGUGGUACCAUGGAGUAAUUUCUGAAGAACUAUACACUAUUCUAAAGACACGGAUGAGGGGAAACGUCAUUUGUAAUCAGUGCCCUUCUGAUGCCACAUCGGUCUAUUUGAAUAAACCAGAAGUUCAAAAGGCUUUGCAUGCCAACAAGACUCGUUUACCAUAUCGUUGGGAUUCUUGUGCCGGGCCUUUGACUCUUUUGCCUGCAUUUGAAACUAAAAACUUUAACACCCUGACAUCACUUUUAAAGAGGCAUAUCCGAGUUCUUCUUUACAGGUUGGAGGAUGGAUCGAAUCAUUUGGAAAAUUAAAGGAGGGAAAAAAUGUGACAUACUUGACAUUUGCAUCAGUUAAGGGUGGAUCUCAUUUUGUACCAUCCUCAUCUCCCUUAGAAGCCCUCACGCUAUUCAAAUAUUUUCUAAAGGGAUCUUCCUUAUCGGUAUCUAACUAAGUUAUGUCUUGCGUGGAAAUACACAUUCACAAGAUUGUGUCAUGUCGUGGGUCAUUGACUCUACUCAGACAUUCAGCGGUCGGAAGAACGACGUCUGGCAAGGGACUCUAAGACGCUGCGGCGUACGUAUGUACAGGGGGGGCCUAGAAGAGGCGCAAGAGGGAGGACGGCAGGCCGGAGGACGACGGGGGUGAUGGAGGUCGCCGCGACUUGCGCCUUCUCUCUGCUGUUUGCGUCGGAUGGAAGAAAAAGUAUAGGUAGGG